GGGGGACAUUUUUUUAAGAGGUGGUUUUCUUUUGUGCAAGGGAAGCUGGAAAAUUCAGGGGAGGGAUGGAAUUUGAGAAAAACAGCAACAAACCCCCAAGCAUCGUGACCUGAGAGCAGAGCAGCCCUGAGGCAGGUUUCCUGCACUCAGCACCCCUUCCUGCUUGUGCCCAGCUCGUCCUCUGGUGCACAGGUCAGCCAGGCCGGGAGCAGCGGCAGAAGCAGGCUCCUGGGGACUGUGUCAUGUGGAGCAGCUGGUGGCUCUUGCCCCUGGUGGCCGUCUGCACUGCAGACCGGUUCCGGGAAGAGGCCGAGAGAAUUAUGCGGAGCACACCUGUCAUUGAUGGGCACAACGACCUGCCCUGGCAGCUGCUGACCAAGUUCAACAAUCGGCUUCGGGAUCAGAGGGCCAACCUGACCAGUCUGGCCCACACGAAAACCAGCAUCCCCAAGCUGAAGGCUGGGUUUGUGGGGGGCCAGUUCUGGUCUGCGUACACACCCUGCAACACCCAGAACAAAGAUGCCGUGAGGAGGACAUUGGAGCAGAUAGAUGUCAUCCAUCGCAUGUGCCAGAUGUACCCUGAGACCUUCAUGUGUGUCACCGACAGCCAAGGCAUCCGACAGGCCUUCCAGGAGGGGAAGGUGGCCAGUCUGGUGGGUGUGGAGGGCGGCCACUCCAUCGACAGCAGCCUGGGUGUCCUGCGGGCGCUCUACCACCUGGGCAUGCGGUACCUGACCCUCACGCACAGCUGCAACACGCCGUGGGCUGACAACUGGCUGGUGGACACAGGGGAUGAUGUGGCCCAGAGCCAUGGCCUGUCGCCCUUUGGGCAGAGUGUGGUGAGGGAGAUGAACCGGCUGGGUGUCAUCGUCGACUUGGCCCACGUGUCCUUGGCCACCAUGAAGGCCGUUCUGCGGCUGUCCAAGGCCCCCGUCAUCUUUAGCCACUCUUCGGCCUACGCGCUGUGCGCGCACCGGCGCAACGUGCCAGACGAUGUGCUGAGGCUGGUGAACGAGACAGGCAGCCUGGUGAUGGUGAACUUCUACAAUGACCAUGUUUCCUGCAAACCGGAGGCCACCCUGUCCCAAGUAGCGGACCACCUGGACCACAUCAAGGCGGUGGCGGGAGCCGGAGCGGUGGGCUUUGGUGGGGACUUCGAUGGUGUUCCAAGGCUCCCCUCGGGGCUCGAGGACGUGUCCAAGUACCCAGACCUGGUCGCUGAGCUGCUCAGGAGACAGUGGACGGAGGCAGAGGUCAGGGGCGCCCUGGCUGCCAACCUGCUGAGGGUCUUUGAGGCCGUGGAGCAGGUGAGCAAUCAUGCACAAAGUCCUGAGGAGGAGCCCAUCCCACUGGGCAAGCUGGAGACUUCCUGCAGGACAAACUACGGCUACUCGGAGGCCCCCAGCCUCCGCCAGCAGUCGGGGGCCCUGCUGGCCUGCCUCGCUCCCCUCCUUCUCAGCCUGUGUCUUCUGUGACACGCUGGGGACCAAAACCCCCUCGGGCUCCUGGAGCCUGGGGGAGACUGUGGCCAUCAGAGCAGCCAAGACUCCAGGAACACUGCCCCACCCUGCACAAGCGCUGGCCCAUCCUGAGCAGGCACCUGGGCUCACCUGGACAGCACGUGGGAGGUCAGCCACAGGCCCAGUGACCCUCAAUAAAGACAGUGACCCCUUUGAGUCCUGAGGGUGUGUCAUCAGCACCCUGGCCCUCGGGGGGGCUCCUGUGCAUCCCAGUACAAAUUGUGAGAAAUG